UCAGAUAACUCCUCAGGCACGCCCUGCGUCAAAAUGUGCACACACACGGGUGCCGAGAUGCAGUUAACAGGGAGUUAAACAAAACAUUAAUCUAACAGUCAGACUAAAUGUGGAUGUUUCACUCAUCAGUUGUUGUCUCUGCUCAGCCUACUGUAGUGUAACAUUAGUCCAUUGUUUUAUUCCAUGAUACUGAACAGAAUAAUCCAAACAGGUAGAAGAAGUAAGAUACGAGAGGAGCACAGGAUGCUUUUUACUCUCUUGGUCCUAAUUGUGCUUUAAUGCACCAGGAUUGUAGGUCUACUUUCUCUCAUUUUUUUCUAUUGAGCUAGAUUUAAAAAAACAAAACAAAAAAAACAACAACACGCAAAUGGAGCGGAUCAAAACGAGGCUUCUUACUGAAAUAUUGUAGUGACGGCUCAUAGUUUCCAUAGUUGUCUCUUUGCGUUGUGUGUUCGUGUUUUAUUUGAACCAUUAGUGAGGUGGCGGUUAUAUUUUUUGACAGGUAGCUCUUAAUAAAGUUUCACUAGUGAACUUUAUUACAUAUAACUGCGAGCGUCAAUGCCUGUGCUGAAAGUGUCAGUAAUCAAGUUAAUAUUUCCAUUUACAUCCAGGACAACUGACCCGGUUUUCUCGGCUUAUUUUAUCUAAACUAAUCAGCCGUUCCUCUCAAUAUGAGUGACAGGAAAAAAUAGGAACCGUGUGUCCGAUAGAAGUUCAGACAAAACGUCGUGCCGCGCUGUGCAGCACCGUGUUGCUGUGCAGCACCGUGUUGCUCGCGGCCAGUUAGGACACUCCAAUAAAAAACAAUGUAAUUAAGCCCAAGUACAUGUCCUAGUUGUUUCCAAAAUGCAAAACUAUCCCUGUUUUGUGCUUUAUUUUGCAUUGCAGUGUUAAGUCCUUCCAUUACCAAACUGUAUGACUUAAUUUUACUAAUAGCUUAACUGUUAUUUCAGUUUAGUUUUUUGUCAGGAGAGAAUUCAGCUGAGGGGUCACAGUGACCUUUCUGGACGGGCCUGGACCCCCAAGGCCCGUCCCUAACGCCGACGCUGCCGCUACAUUUAUACGCUUAAAAAGUUACAAACAGUCCCUUUUAACAUUUAAUUUUAGACAAUAAGGAAAUGACUUCUCCUGAACUUUUUAUUUAAAUUCAUGCAUAUUUACAUGUAACUGUCUUACACUGCAGCGCAGUGAUGGGAAGCGGUAAGUCUUCACCUGUCACAAUUUCAGCUCGUAAGAUGUUCCAAAUAUUGCAACCGUUAUUAACAUUUUUAAUAAUGCUAACAUUCACAAAAAUGAUGCAUGAUGUGGAUGAUGUUAUAAAAUACAGCUUUGUCUCACUGUAUGUCAACAUAAUAUCUUUCUCUUCAGCAUUAUUCUGUCAGCCAUGGAGAGCUAUGCCGAAGGACAACCAGGAGGAUCUCGAUUUUGUGAAAUCCUACCAGCCUCAAAACAAAGAAGUCAAACGUUUCAGAAUUCUGCUUUAUGGACCAGUCGGUGCUGGCAAGUCCAGUUUCAUCAACUCAGUUGAAAGUGUUUUACGAGGCAGAGCUGCUCGUCGAGCUUUGACAGAUGCAACCUCUGGAAGCAGCUUUACCAAACAAUACAAAACUUAUAAAAUCCACAAAGACCCUGAGAGCUUUUACUCUUUCAUUUUCAAUGACAUCAUGGGCUUUGAGCAAGGGAUGGACAGUGGAGUUCCUGUGGAAGACGUCAAACUGGCCCUGAGGGGACAUGUGAAAGAGGGUUACACGUUCAUUCCUGAAAGCCAAUUGAAGGAGACUGAUCCGGACUACAACUCAUCUCCCACUCUGGAAGACAGAGUUCACGUUCUGGUUUCUGUCAUUCCUGCCAGCACAGUAACUCUGAUAAGUGACAAAGUUGUGAAGAAGAUGAGAGACGUCAGAGAAGCAGCCAGUGAAAUGGGAAUUCCUCAACUGGCUAUUCUCACCAAAGUUGAUGAAGCCUGUCCUGAGGUGAAAGAAAAUGUAGGCACAAUCUAUAGGAGCAAGUACCUGAAGGAACAGGUCGACAAAUUCAGCGUGCUGCUAGGCCUUCCACUGAACUGCAUCUUUCUGGUGAAGAACUACGAGUCCGAAAUCAACACAAAUGCUUCCACUGAUGCGCCGAUACUGUGUGCACUGAGACAGAUGAUUAACUCUGGAGAAGACUUCCUCAACAACCUGUAGACCUACAUACAGCUGAUUCAAACCUUGUAUGAUCAAAACAUGAAAAAAAUGGCUUCUUUAAAAAUUGAUCAUUAUGUAAUGUGAGGCUUCAUUAUAUGCGUCUUAGUUGAGUUUGAUUUUUUCUUUUUCCUAUUUUACUUUCAAGAUUCAAGAUUCAAGAGUUUGAUUUGUCACAUGCUCAUACAGGAUGUGCAGUGAAAUGUAAAGUGGCAGUGCUCACAGGAUUGUGCAAAGAACAGCUAAACAACUAUACAAAUAUAUUUACAAUGUAAUAAAAAUUGAAGGGACAAAGGUAUUGUAUUUACAGUAGAAGGGGUCAGUAUGCAGUAUUAUGAAAUGUUAUUUCCUUCUGAUAUAGAUAUAGAAGAUAUAGAUUCAGCAUUGUUUGUGUUAUCAAUAGUCUUCAUCUUUCUGUCACCAUCUGCUACAUGAGUAAUUGAUAUACAAAUGGAUCUUUUGUGGGUGAAGUAUUUCUUUAAGCACUUAAAGUAUGCAAUGUAGUCACUAUGCAGUAGAAUACCCCCUGUCAGUGUAAUCAUUAUAUGCAGUAUCAUAAAUUACAGUAUAUCAUCUGCAAAAAGGAUGCUUUUUUUUGUAUGUAAAAUCAAGAUUAACUGAGUACAACAUCAUUAUUUCCUUUCGCUAUAAUAUGAAUUCUAAUGAUAUAUGUGAUGAGGCAUCAAACUGUGGAGAGAUAUUUAGCAAUCAAUGGAACAAUAGUUCAUUUAUUACACAAGGGAUAUAAACCAAUAAAAAAGUAAAAGUUUA